AGAACAUUUCUUACCAAACCCCGAAAACCACAACGCCACAUCUCUCUCUCUCUCUCUCUCUCUCUCUCUCAGAGCUCUGCAUCAAUGGAGAAUUCGCCCAGAUUCAGAGAUGCCCCCCAAAAUCUUCUCCUGCCCUCUCCGACAAGACACAACAGUAGCAGCUGCAGCACCACCGCCGCUCCGACCACAACCACGACCCGACCCGUUUCGACCAGAUCCGAACCCUCUAACCCUUAUCCGACAACCUUCGUCCAAGCCGACACUUCCUCCUUCAAACACGUCGUUCAGAUGCUCACCGGCUCCUCCGAUUCCCCCAAACUCGCCCGACCCGUUAACCUGACCCACCAACCCGACCCGGUUCCUCCCAAAUCAUCUUCCUCCUCCUCCUCUCACUCGAUCCCUCCCAUCAAAGCCGUUCCCAACAAGAAACAGUCCUCCCCCGGUUUCCGCCUCUACGAGCGUCGCAACUCGUUGAAGAAUCUCAAGAUCAACCCGGUUUACUCCUCGGUUCAUUCCGGUUUCUCCCCACGCAAACCGGAGAUUCUCUCCCCGAGCAUCUUGGAUUUCCCGGCUCUGGUUCUCAGUCCGGUCACUCCUCUCAUACCCGACCCGUUUGAUCGAUCCGGGUCGUCGAAUCAGAGCCCGAACGAAUCUGGGUUCGUCGUCAAUACCGAUUUUACAUCGAAAUCGGGUGCUGAUUUGGAAGAGAGAGCCAUUAAAGAAAAAGGGUUCUUCUUGCAUCCUUCGCCGGCGACGACGCCGAGGGAGUCGGAGCCGCGGCUUCUCCCUCUUUUUCCGGUGACUUCCCCUCGUGUUUCUUCAGGUUCUUCUACGUCUUGAGUUGGUACGAGCCCUUCAUUUUUCUCCCAAGAAGUUUUUCAAUUUUUUUUUGGCUCAUAUGCGUGAUUCGAUGAUGGUGAUGAUGUUUAUGAUGAUGAUGGUGAUGAUGAUGUGUAAUAUUUGCAAAUGCAACACCGAGGUUAAAUCGUCGAUUCGAUUAUGUGAAGUGAAAAGGUUAUAUGAUUUUUUUAACAAAAAAAAGUUUAUAUGAUUUCAA